GCAACCACUGAGGAAAUGGAACCCAACAGCCAAGAAGAUGAGAAAGAUGGUGAAAACCUAAAAGAAGGGAAUACAGAACUUACAGAGCCACAGCAUUUUACAACUACUGUGACUCGGUGCAGCCCCACCGCGGCCUCCGUGGAGUUUUCCUCCAGCCCCAAGCUGAGGAACGAUGUGCCAGAAGAGAGAGACCAGAAGAAACCGGAAAAUGAAAUGAGCGGGAAGGUGGAGUUGGUGCUGUCACAAAAGGUGGUAAAGCCAAAGUCUCCAGAACCAGAAGCAACCCUGACGUUUCCAUUUCUGGACAAAAUGCCUGAAACCAACCAGUUACAUUUGCCAAAUCUCAAUUCUCAAGGGGAUUCUCCCAGCAGUGAAAAGUCACCUGCAACUACACCUUUCAAGUUCUGGGCAUGGGACCCGGAAGAGGAGCGCAGGCGACAGGAAAAAUGGCAGCAGGAGCAGGAACGACAGCUCCAGGAGAGAUACCAGAAAGAGCAGGACAAGCUGAAAGAAGAGUGGGAAAAGGCCCAAAAGGAGGUGGAAGAGGAAGAACGCAGAUACUAUGAGGAGGAGCGCAAAAUAAUUGAAGACACUGUGGUUCCAUUUACUAUUUCUUCAAGUUCCGCAGACCAGCUGUCGACAUCCUCCUCUGUGACUGAAGGCAGUGGAACAGUGAAUAAGAUGGAUCUGGAAAACUGUCAUGAAGAAGAACAAGAGACAAGACAGAAGAAACCAUUCCAGGGGGGCAACAAUGGCUUGUUGCCUGAGACUAGAGAAAGUGGUCCCCUGGAGGAAAAGGGCAGGCUUAUUCAAGGGGCCUUGACUGAUUCUGAGAACCCUGUAUCAAAAGGAACCCAUCAAAAUGAUCAGCUGGAUACAGAAGCUGGGGCCCCACACUGUGGGGUGAACCCGCAGCUAGCUCAGGGUCCAUCCCAGAAUCAGCAGGUAUCAAACCCGCCAGUGAACACUUUAGAAGAUGUGAAGCCAAAAACCCUCCCAUUGGAUAACAGCAUUAACCAUCAGAUGGAGUCACCGAGUGAAAGGCGGAAGUCUAUAAGUGGGAAGAAGCUGUGCUCGUCCUGUGGGCUUCCUUUGGGGAAAGGAGCUGCGAUGAUCAUUGAGACCCUCAAUCUCUAUUUUCACAUCCAGUGCUUCAGGUGUGGAAUUUGCAAAGGACAGCUUGGAGAUGCAAUGAGUGGGACGGAUGUGAGGAUUCGAAAUGGUCUUCUAAACUGUAAUGAUUGCUACAUGAGAUCCAGAAGUGCUGGCCAACCCACAACAUUGUGACAUGGUUUUCAAGACCCCAGAUCACUCACCACUUCUCUCUUGAGAGUGUCCCCUGGCAAUUGUUUAACAGAAUCCCAUGUUCGGGGGCUUCUCAGCAUUCAUCUAAUUUCUGAAAGGCUAUUCUAAAAGGUGGUAUCUGUUCUUUCAUAGCACAGUGUUUGUGUUUUUCCUGUUCGUUGUUUUUCUCUUUUUUUUUUUUGCAUUUGCACAAUAUAUACAAAAGAAUAUUGAACUAUAAUGAUUCUGACUAGUUCAAAAGAAGGUCUUAGCAUGGUCGAACAGGCUUAUGGGUUUAAAAUGUGUUAUUCUCUUCUUGGGGAGUUGGUGAGAUAGAUGAUUCAAUAAACCUGUUUUGUUUUAGGAUUCUAGGAAUUAAAUACUUUGUGUUUACAAAAUUGAGCUGCAGAAAGUGCAAGACAUGCCAAUUUGAGACACGGGGUCUUUUAAGACAGGAGCUUACAAGUAAUGCAUUUCAGAUACUAAAAACCACAUCAUAUAGCUCUGAGCUAUAACUUGUUUUUAAUGCAAUGACACUAGUCUGAUCAUAUAUACUGUAAUCCUGAAACAUUUGUGUUACUUACCUUUUGAGGCAGAAGUCAUACCAAUAAAUUAUUGCACCGUUAGUAUUAGGUUUAGUGUGCUUUGAAGGUUAUGUCAUUGACCACGAGCCUGGGACAUCAA